AUGUCUUUCAGUGACCAACAGUGCAAGCAACCAUGUGUGCCACCUCCGUGUCUUCAAAAGACCCAAGAAAAGUGCCAGGCACAAGCUGAGGAAGUGUGUGUUCAGGACCCCAGCCAAGACAAAUGUCCACUCCAAGCUCAGGAGGUCUGUGAUCCUCAGUGCCAGGAGAUAAGCCAAGGAAACUGCCCACAGCAAGGCCAAGAUCCAUGCCUACCUCCAAGCCAAGAUCAGUGCCUGCCUCAACGUGCGGAGUCAUGCCAGGAGCUAGCCCAAACCAAAUGUGUGGAGGAGUUCCCGCAGAAGGUCCAGGAGCAGGCUUCAUCCCAGGGCAAGGGAAAGUAG